CCAGGGUAACAGCACUCAGUCCCAUACCACUGUGUGCAUGCAUGUGCUGGGCAGGGGGUUGGUUAAAUCAGCCUGCUUUGAGAAGCUAGUGUUCAUUCUACAUCACGGCAGACAUCAGCAUUGCAGACGCUGGUCUUGUUACUAGAGCCCUCUUGUGUAAGAAUGGCUGUGGAUUUCAGUGGACAGUGGGAGAUGUUUGAACAGAGUGACCCGGAGGAGUUCCUCAGAGCUGUGUCUGCCCCAGACAUGAUGGUGAAGAUGAUUAGAGAAGUGAAGCCCAUGACGGCCAUAACACAAAGUGGUGAUAAUUUCGUAAUCUCGGUUAAAACUCCCCUCCGCACCAACACCAACUCCUUCACCGUUGGGAUGGAGACGGAGUUCUGUGCCAUGAAUGGCACCAAGUGCAAGGGCACUGCUCAGCUGCUGGAUAGAAAGCUCAUCAUAGAGACAGAGAAGUUUACUCUCAUUCGGGAGAUGCAGGGUGAACACAUGGUGGAGACACUUAAAGCUGGAUCUGCGGUGCUUGUGAGGAGAAGCAGAAGGGUGUGAUUUGAAAUCCCUGCUUAAGGAGAAACACACAGUGCACUCUGUCUGCAACCUCCCCUGAUUAUACUUUAUUCUGUUUUACUUUGUGUGAUAUGAUUAGUAGAUAAGUAGCAAAUCUAAAAUAUUACAGGUAACUGUCCUAAAAUCUCAAACAUGGUGUUUAGGAUUUAAUUAACCUGUAAUAUUUUGCAGGUCUUUAAAUGUACACAUAAAUUAUUUAAAUGAAACUAGAUUAAUUAAAGAACUGAAUCACUUAAGGUAUAGCAAUGAAACACAUACCAAAUGUUUUUAGAUAUUUUGUUGCAUUCACUUGAGAGAUUAGCCAUUUCAAAUAUGGCUCAUUUACGUUAUGGAUUUACA